AUGUUAAAAACGGAAAUAUGGCAAAUCCCAAAUAUAGGAAAAACGCAAAUAUGGAAAAACGCAAAUACGGGAAAAACGCAAAUAUGGCAAAAACGCACAUAUGGCAAAAACGCAAAUAUGGCAAAAACGCAAAUAUGGCAAAAACGCAAAUAUGGGGAAAAACGCAAAUAUGGGGAAAAACGCAAAUAUGGGGAAAAACGCAAAUAUGGGAAAAAACGCAAAUAUGGGAAAAACGCAAAUAUGGGAAAAACGCAAAUAUGGGACAAACGCAAAUAUGGGAAAAACGCAAAUAUGGCAAAGACGCAAAUAUGGCAAAGACGCAAAUAUGGCAAAGACGCAAAUAUGGCAAAGACGCAAAUAUGGCAAAGACGCAAAUAUGGCAAAGACGCAAAUAAGGCAAAGACACAAAUAUGGGAAAGACACAAAUAUGGGAAAGACAAAUAUGGGAAAUACACAAAAAUGGGAAAUACGCAUAUAAGGCAAAAACGGAAAUAUGGGAAAAACGGAAAUAUGGGAAAAACGGAAAUAUGUUAA